AUGGCGACCAGUAGAACUCCGAGCCCACCCGUCACUGAUUCGUCAAGCUCGGGCGUCAGUAGCGGCAAGUCCUCCGUAGAGGUCCCUCCGCCGGACAUUGGGUUUGUACCUCACGGCAAUCUGCUCCCAGUUCAGCUCCACUCGACGAACAACCCGAGGCUGAGAAUACGGGUUCAACUGGAAUCAAUACUGCUGUCGAAGGCGGUGCUCACGACCAGGAGACUACUACAGACGACGGUUCAGUUCAAGGCAACCCAACAAGGGCAAGCGUCCAGUACCCAACCGUCCACUUCCUCCGCCCAAGGGACCAGCAGCUACCCCGCCUUCUUCUUCGGGCCCGCACCUCUCCCAGACCCCACCACAGGCGAGCUUCCAACCUCUGUACUGGCCCGCAUCAAUCCAGAACUAAACGCAGAGCGUGACACGAUUCCGAGCCUCGUUGACCGUAUCCUUGAUCCACCUCAUUAUCUGUUCAACGAGGAUAGGACCCGCGUCACUCUGGACAUUACAUGGGCUAUCGGUGUUAUCGGCGUUGAACAUUUCGAGUCGGACUGUUAUAACCAGAGGAGGUUUCUGCGCCCAGAGAGUGCCUUCCGCCGUCAUGCCAUCCGCUACGGACUUCCUCGUGUCAUCCAUGAUUGGCUCUGCAAUGAGCCAGAGGAGGAAACUAUCGAGCUCAACGUAGAUCAGCUAAGGAACACUGGCCGAGGUUGAUUGUAUCUAUCGUUCCAUCAUGGCCAGGCUCAAAUGCGAGGGCAUCUUGGCCAGUAAUCGGACUUGCUGGUCGUCUCUGCUCCCAGGGACAGGACUAUUCGCAUGCGAGCAAGUACCAUUGGGUACAUUCGAGCAGUCUGAUACUCCGACGAUAAAUGGAGCGAAAUAACUAGAUUGUGGUUAUAGAAGUCGGCGGCAAUAAAUGGCGUUUCGGAAGCAUAAUGCUCAUUCUUCAUUGCCUUCUUUAUUUCAUUGCACCACGUCGGCCC